AAGUGUCGCGAGUUCGGCCGUGUCUGUAACAGUGUCAGAUUGACCGUCGAGUCGUGUGCUACCACACCUGAGAACGUCGAUUUUCCACACGAGCCGCUUUCCCGUCUCGGAAGUCCUUCCGGAGAAUCGAAGGAUUUUUCUUUUGGCUUGGCCGAGCGAUCCCUUACGUGACACGACAACAUGGUCGAGAACGGUAUGACCCUGGAUCAAAAAUCGGAGAUUAAGAAGCCCGAGAUCUUCGACGUCGAGGUCUCGCCUCCGCAAGCUUUAAUGGGAAAACGUCACAUGGUGACAUUCAUGAUAUUCCUCGGUAUGGCAAAUGCCUACAUAAUGAGGACCAACAUGUCCGUGGCCAUCGUCGCGAUGGUCAAUCAUACGGCCACCCAGGGUGAGAAGGUGAAGGAAGUCAUGAAUGAGUGCGGAGAUCUCAUCACCAAUGAAACCGAAAAUGCUCAACGUAGCGCCGAUGGACCCUUUAUAUGGGACAGUAAGGAACAAGGCUAUCUGUUGAGCUCGUUCUUCUGGGGCUACGUGAUCACGCAAAUACCGUUUGGCAUACUCGCUAAACGCUAUGGUGCCAAAUACUUCCUUGGGAUCGGUAUGCUGAUCAAUUCGAUCUUCGGACUGCUAGUCCCCGCGUCCGCGUACUGGGGAUAUUGGUGGCUGAUGGCCAUUCGCUUUAUCCAGGGUUUAGGAGAGGGUCCGAUUGUGCCUUGCACGCACGCACUGCUGGCGAAGUGGAUACCACCGAAUGAACGGAGCAGGAUGGGUGCCUUCGUCUAUGCUGGUGCACAGUUUGGUACGAUAAUUUCUAUGCCGUUGAGCGGUUUAUUAGCUGAUUGGGACUUCGUAGGCGGUUGGCCGUCUAUUUUUUACGUAUUCGGCGCAGUCGGUACCAUCUGGUGCAUCGCGUUUCUGCUAUGGGUCUAUGAGGAUCCUGAGAAACAUCCAUCGAUUACAGAGGAUGAAAAGAAAUACAUACUCAGUUCUCUUUGGGGUAGCGCCGGCAUAUCUUCAUCGCCUCCUGUGCCAUGGACGUCCAUUGCAACUUCCUUACCGUUCUGGGCUAUCUUGAUAGCGCACAUGGGUCACAAUUAUGGAUACGAGACACUGAUGACCCAACUUCCGACAUUCAUGAAACAGAUUCUCCAUUUCAGUAUCAAAAAUAAUGGUUUCUUUUCUGCGCUUCCAUAUCUCGCCAUGUGGCUCUUCUCAAUUGUUAUUUCUCAUGUCGCCGAUUGGAUGAUUUCUUCAGGAAAAUUCUCUCAUACAACGACCCGCAAGAUUGUCAACAGUCUCGGCCAAUAUGCACCGGCUAUAGCGUUGAUUGCUGCAUCAUACACCGGUUGUAAUGCCUGGGCAACCAUCUCCAUCAUCACAAUAGGAGUCGGUCUGAAUAGCGCUAUUUAUUCUGGUUUUAAAGUAAAUCAUCUCGAUAUUUCGCCGAGAUUUGCCGGAAUUUUAAUGUCCUUUACCAAUUGUAUUGCAAAUCUCGCUGGGCUUCUCGCGCCAAUCACUGUUGGACAGAUCAUCGAUACUUCGCCAACGCAAGCAAAAUGGAGAAUUGUAUUCAUGAUCUGCGCUGGUAUUUACAUUUUGUGUGCCACAUUUUACGUAUUUUGCGGUUCUGGGCAGAGGCAAAAAUGGGAUAAUCCGGAUAAAGACGAUGACAGAAGCGAGAAGAAACAGCUGGAAGGUGUACAAGUUGUCGGCGAAACUCAACAUUGACAAGUAGAUAUUUUAUCGAUAAGAUAGUGGCGAUACGAAAGAAAAUCGACACUGUCCACGUGACGAUUGUGUCCAUUUCUGCCUGCGUACAUUCAUUCCCUCCCUAAUAUUUAGAAAUUCAAAACGAAUGUACAUUAAGAUAACAUUUAAGUUUAAUCUCAAAAUUAUUCUUUCUUUUUUACCAUAAAGAAAUACAAAAUUUUUCAUAGUAGGAAUUAUAUAUCGCAAUCAUAUUAUAGGUUUUCAUACUUUUGUACUCGAUUGCAAGAGUAAUAUACCAAUUGUUGUAGCAUUGCAGUAUGUAUGUUUCAUGUAAAGGACGAUUUGUAUGCGUGUGAAACAGAAAGAAAGAAAGAGAGAUAGAGAGAGAGAAAGAGAAAGAGAGAGAGAGAAUGAAAUAUAUAUAUAUAUAUACUCAUAGCUGAACUAUUGUUACAGACUUGGUUCAUUUGUCAUCUGUUAUAUUUUAUAAUUUAUCAUUUUUUACAUAAUUUCGUGUAUUAUGUAGAAUUAGAAAAAGUCGCAAUUCUAAGAAUUGGCAUAUUAGAGAAACGAUGGAAGAGAUGAUUCUAAAAAAAUAUUUAAAAAGUUGAAAAAAAAGAAAACUAUUGCUUGUAGAUAAGCGAAUUUCAUAAAUUUGCCAGAAAUGUCAUGACAAAAGAAUCAAUACAGGUAGAACGAUUAAAAAAAUAGCGUUCACGAAAUUGUUUCUUGAAGUCAAUUUAUACAAUUCUACAUAGAUCUUUAAGUCGAAUCCAAUAUUACUUUAAAUAUAUGAGAGCGAAAUAAUCAUUAAGCUUUUUAAAGCGUGACAUCAAAUUUGUUUGCAGUAUGCUUGGCGAUCUUUGCAUAACACUACGAUAAAACUGAUAAGUUAUAUGUUUCAAAAUGCAAAUUUUGAUUUGCAUAGUGAGCAUACUAUUCAUUUAUCAGAUACUGACUCUUUGUCAGUUUCGAAGAAAAACUUAUCAUAAUCUUAGUCUUCCAUUUUGUAACACAAAGCGCACAUUUUAUUACUAUAAAAUACGAUAUGUAUGCAUUGACAUUCACAUAUGGGAUAAUUUAAAUAGAUUUAUCAGAAAUAAUGCAGAGGAAUAUCGUAGUGUUUUUUCUUGUUGCGCUUAUCUUCAAGUUAGAUAGUUUGCGUUUGUAAUUUGACAAACUUGUGGCAGCAGUAUUAGAACAAAGAUCCUCUUAUUCUUCAUGCUUUUUGUUACAUCACUUUUUAUCGUAACUACAACCAUUUUGUAUUGUACGUGCGAUCUGUAAAUGAGAAAGAGUAUGAAAGGAAGGUUCUCAAAUCUCAUUUGGGAGACUUCAUCUCAAAUCCAGUUGCUAGCAGUGUAUGUAUAAUACAAUAAUGGUGUUUAUACAUAUUGUAGAUAUUUGCGCAUAAAAGUCUUAUUAGAUAUACAUAUAAGAUAAAUAUUAGAUGAAUUAUAUAGCAUAGAUAUUUAUAUAGUGUUUACCAAGAAUGGAGAAAGAUCAUUAUCUCUUGAUUGUACCAAGAAAUAGAAGUCGUCAAACAAAAAAGGAUUCUACCUGUAUAAUGAAAUGCAUUUUUUUGUAAUUGAUAAGUCUCUCUUUUCCUUAAAAGCCGCACAAAGUAAACAAUUUUGACGAUUUUUGCUCUUUUUGUACGAGUUUGGAUAUAUCGAGGCUAUAUUUUUUGUAAUCAACAUUAUUGUUGAUGAAAUUUAUCCUUGAUGAAAUACGUAAUCGCGCAAAACGAAUUAAAUUUAUACAUAUCUUGAACAAGCACUUUGUUCUAUAAGUUCUUAAGUUUUUAAGUUUUAAGAGAGAAUAAGAAUACCCUUAUACACAUUAUACUCGAAAUCUUUUCACUCGCGAGAAUGAAAUGAAAUCGAAUUGCCUAAAACUUAUAAGAAUUAUUAAACAAUAUUUAUAUCACGAACAUUCAUCUGUAUUGAUUUAUUCAUCUUGCGACAUUAUUUUGCAUAAACUUUGCGUAAAGGCGUAGAAACUAAACUUAGACAGCUACAUUAGCAUUGCAAAUAGAGAGUAAUCUUCUAAUGCAAGUAUCCUGUGAUCGUUAUAUUUAAAAAAGUGCCUUCAAACACAA